GCUGUUAAUUUUUGUCGGCGCAGAUCUCUGAUUUGACAAAGUCGCCAUUUUUUUCCUGCAAAGCAUACGGAAAAUUAUCAUCAAUUGAAAAUAAGAAAAAAAAGCUAAAAAUAUUGUUUAAUUUGUGCAUAAAAUUAACAAAAGCGUGUGGAAAUUAUAAAUAUUGUUCAUAAUUAAUAAUUAUAAAACAAGUUUUUUAAAAACAGAAAAUGGUACGAGGUUACAAUAGAGGUUAUAAUAACCGCGGUGGUGGCAGCUCUUCCCAUCGUGGAUCAUCUUAUCGUUCUUCAAACUACAAUAGCGGAGGACGCAUGCAUAAUAACGGACGUUCAUCAGAUCGUUAUGGAGGCAGUAGUGGUGGAGGACGUUAUAAUUCUGGAGGUCACGGUGGCAGCAGCAGUAGUCACUAUGAUUCACGUAAUCGUGAUCGUUUUAAUAGCUCUAGCAGCAGUCGGCAUGAUUCAAGUCAUAAACGCAGUUACAAUAGGGACUCCUCACGUGAUCGUUCCACCGAUAUGAAAAGAUCUCGUCAAGACAGUUUUAUUUAGAAAGAGCACAAAAAUAUCGAAACAGUGAUUAAAAAAGCUGUAAUAUUUCUUUAUUGAUCAAACAUGCCUGGAUAUUAUGUAUAAAAUGAAUGUAUCAAAAAAAAUACAUAAAAUCUUUACACACCAAUAGCAAUGCUCUCCGCUACAAUGAUUGAUAGACAAAAAAGCACAAGAGAGCUUAUUGGGUUGACAUUAAAAUUAAAGCUAUUAAUAGCAUAUUUGCCCAAUGAAAAAAGGCUUCAAAAAGUAUCCUCCAAAAUCAGAAAUCAUGUCUACUAUCUACUACCUAAUAACUACCUCUACUCUACCUAAUUAUCUACUACUACCACUACUACUGUAUAAAUAUCUCUGUAUUGUUGGUUAUUAAAACAAGACAACCUUUAGCAAAAUUGAGCCAAACUGCCUAGAAUAUAAUCUAAAUAAUUACUGUAAUUUAAAAGAAGUUUUGCAGAGAAAAACUUACAGCGAAUAAACAUAAAAGCAUUUUUCAUUUUAUAUGUAUUUCCAAAUGCCGAAAAGCGUGUCUUACCAAAUAAAACAGAUCAGAUCCAUAAUGCGAAUGAAGAUUCUAUUUCUAUAAUAUCACUACCAAAAUCAAUACUACUACUACUACUAGCACUACUGUAAUCAUUGUUGCUAUAAAUGUAUGUUAAAUAAUGUAUUUAAUAAUGAAACGCAAGUCAAGGCUAGAGUGCAUUCGAAUGACCAUCAUGUAUCAUGUAACGAAAACAAUACUUUUAAUGUAGAAACAAAAACAGAAACCGAAUCAUUAUGUUGUUGUGAACACUAAAAUUCUUAUAAAAAACAAUGGUAAAAUUUGGUUUGAUAAAUUUCCUCCUUAAAUAGAAAAUAUCUAUAAAAAUAUAAAUAAAAACUAUAACUAUGUAUGUAUGAAGGCUUCCUGAAGCUCCCAAAGCACCCUCUUAUGUUGUUAUUAUCAAAUCGACUGCUACUACUACUACUACCACUUCCCACAUUCUAAGCAAAACCAAUAAAUCAAAUAAUCAUAGUUCUAGACUGAGACUAAGAGCAAUAAAACGCGUAUCUAAUAAUGACCAGAAUAACAUUAAUCAAUCAUUUAAUAGAAUCACAAUCAAAUGAAUAGAAACAAAAAUGUAAAACUGUAUUAUAGUUGUGUUGUUGUAACAUACAUGAUAAUACAAUAGUCAAGCAACUCUAGAAAUUCGACUAUCAAAAGUUCUUAAAGACAAAUUAUGUUCUUGUUGUUGUUGUUGUUUUGUUCAAAAAGAUACACAAACAAACAAUUUAAAUAAAAAUAAACUCGUCUACAAAUCUAUUCUCAUCAUCUGGUAUAAAUCUAGGAUUAUAGACGUACAUCAUCAACGGGUAGAGGUAAUCGUACCCCACCACCACCUCCACCACCAACGGUAUCAUCCACAUCACGUGGUGGCAACUCAUCGAGACAUAGUGAUCGUGAUAACUCCAAGCCCAGACAUCGUUCUCCCAUGGGACCACCACCAUCGAAAAGAGCACCAGUACGCAGUGGUUUUGUCUCACGCAUACGUGGUUCCAGCACCAGAGGUGGUGCUCGUACAGGACGUGGAGGUUCAGGUCGUAUUGUGCGCCGUGAAUCGAAUGAUUUGCGUAUAAUGAGACGUAAACUAAUGUAUGCCCAACAGAAAGAUCGUGCACGUGUCUUGAAAAUUGCACGUUUAACGAGCUCUCUUAGACGACGUCGUCUUGAUAGAAAUUCCUCCAAGAGUCCACGUAGAUCUUCAAGGAGUAAUAAGAGGAAUGCCUCAUCCAGCGAGGAUGAGGAUGAUGAAGGUGAGAAGAAGAAAUCGAAACGCAAGCAUAGCGACAAUGAAGAUGACGACGAGGACGAGGCGGAGAAUGAGGACAAAGAUGAGAAUGAGGAAGGUGGUGAAACGAAAAAACGCAGUAAAUCCAAACGUGCAAAAUCUUCGGAAAAAUCCAAUGCAGAAGAUGAGGAAGAGGACGAGACUUCGGCCGCCCGAGAAGGCGGUGACAACGACGAACAUGAAGAAGAGGGUGGUGACGACGAAGAAAUUGAUGACAGCAAGUCACAAGCCGAUAAGGAUAAAGAACAUACAGAGGGUGAAGAGGGAGCCGAUAAAGCCGACGAUGCCGAUGAUAAUGAUGUAGACGCAGAUAAGACAACCACCGAAGCGGAUGGUGAAAAGACUGAAAAGAAAGAAGGUAAGAAAAAGGAAUCAGGAGAUAGCAGCUCAACGAAAAAGGAUAAAUCAUCAACGAGUGCCAAGAAAUCCUCGUCUAGCUCGGCGUCAAAGAAAAAGGAUGACAAGGAUAAAGAGGACAAAGAGAGAAAGAGUAAGAAAUCAUCACGUAGCGAUGAUGAAGAUGACUCUAAGGAUCGCAAAUCCCGUAAUUCCAGACGUGAUGAACGCAGCAGUCCCUCAAGACGUGGCGGUAAUUCACGUUUCAUUAAAUUAACCUGUAUACACUGUCACAUGAAGUGUGUUACAUUUAAGGAAUAUUCUUAUCACUUGAAUUCUCGUACACACAAAAUGGCCUUAAGACAAAUUGCUAUGCGCCAAAGAGCCCACCUUUUAAGAUUACGUGCUCGCCAACGGGCCGCUCAAAAAGAACUCGAAGAGAAAUCUAAGGAAAGCUAUGAAUCGAAAUUCUGUCAUCUUUGUCGUUUACACUAUAGGCAACCGAAAGCUAAGCAUCAACUGUCGGAACAUCAUAAAAUUAUGAAAAAAUUCCUUAUGCCAUAUUGCUCCACUUGUCAUUUGGCUUUCAAGAGUCCUAUAUUGUAUGAGACUCAUCGUUGUUCUUUGGAACAUAUAAGGAACAAGGCCCGCAAACAAGACUCGGAUACGGAAAAUAGCGGCGACGAAGAAAUGCGUGAAAUUGAUUUGAAUAAAUUCAUGACUGUCGACUCAGUGGGAGAAAUUGAUGAAGAAAUGGAUGCUGACAUGGAAGCUUUACUCAAUGAAACCCAAACAAAUGAGGAGAACAGUGAAGAGAGCGAAGAAAAAGAGAGAACACCAGUGGGAGCUGAAUUUGUUAAGGAAAUCACUGCUUUCUAUUGUGAAAUCUGUGAACAUUAUUCUGCUGACAAGGGUACAUUGGAAGCUUAUACUAAGAAACAUUGUCUACAACGAUCCCACUUGAAGGCCUACUUACGUCACAAGGAAGAAGAGAAACAAGCUAAGAAACGCAAGGAGGCUCGGGAACGCAAGAAGUCAGAAUCAGAUAAAAAAGAAGAAGGUGAUAAAAAGGAAAAGAGUGAAAAAGACAAUGAAGAUGAGGAAGAGGUAGAGGCACAUGAACAACAAGAGGAGGAAGAACAUGAGGAAACUAAAGCCAAUGGUGCGGAGGGAGAGGAAGAAGAACCGGAUCAUGAUGAACAUGAUAAUGAUGAAAAGGAAGGUCAAGAAGAUAAAUUAUGGGAGGAUGUUGACAAGGAUUUGGGAGAUUUACUCCGAGAGGUAGAACCGCAUGAACGUGAUGAGGAUGAAGAAGAAAAUGAUUCUGUAUUAAAUAUAGACAUUGAAAGUGAAAAACAUAAAACUAAAGAAGUGAAUGGCAAAAAAGAUGAAGUUAAAGAGGAAAAACCAGAAGAAGCAGAAACUGAAGAGGACAAGAACAAAGACGAAGUAGAAGUUAAAAAAGAUAAGGCUGUUGCUGCUGCCGCAGCCACACCCUCAAAGCCCAAGCCAAAACGUACCACAAAGGCAGCCACAUCAACGCCAGCAGCUAAAGAAGCUGAAGUUAAAGAAUAAAUUACUAAAAUUAAGACAUUAACUGGUUUGCAACUAAUUUGUUAUAUAUUCUUUUAAAACGUUUUCCUUAAUAUUUCGCCAACAUUAUAGGGCCAGUAAUUUUUUAUUCCAAACUCUGAAAGAAAAGCAAUUGGGUUAAAAAUUUUUUCUAACACAUAUAAAAAAAAUUUCUGUCUCAACUUGUAUUUACUUCACCUCAUUUCUUUUAUUUUUUAUAGGUAUUUGAAAAUUACCUAACAUCUUUUUUUUAUUUGUAUUUUUAUUAUAAUUUUCUCACUUUUUUUUUAAAGAUAUAAGCAACAAGCAAACAAAUAGACCUAACAACUUGUGAAU